AUGCUAUACAUAUACAUUGCUUAUACAUAUAAAUCUAAAACGUUGAAAACAUUAAUAGUUGAUGUUAUAAAAGAACUAAUAGGUGUAGGACUUUGUCCAAAAUUAACAGUCUGUGACCAAGGAACGAACAACCAAAGUGCUCUUAAAUUAUUGAAUGUAAGUGAAGAUAAGCCUUAUUUUUUUAUAGAUGAAAAUAAAAUAUUUGCCAUUUUUGAUGUCCCCCAUCUUGUUAAGAGCAUCAGGAACAAUUUAAUAGGUAGUGUUUUUAAAAAAGAUGACAAAGAAAUUUCUUAUACUGAUAUAAUUGAUACUUAUCAAGUGGACAAAAAAAAUAAAAAAAGUAGGGCUCUAUUAAAAAUAACUGAUGCACAUAUAUUCCCUAAUUCUUUCCAAAAAAUGAGGGUAAAAUUUGCCACUCAAGUAUUUAGCCAUUCAAUGGCAUCAACAAUGCGGACGUGUAUACAAACAAAACAAUUACAAAAUAAAAACGCACAAGAUACAGCAGAUUUCGUAGACUUCAUGAACAAACUUUUUGAUUGCUUGAAUAGUAGAACUCUUCUAAGUAAUAAUCCAUAUAAUUGUGCUCUUUCGGAUGUGGGAAAAGUGAAACCUUUUUUAAUGAAAGCUUCAACAUAUUUCACAAAUAUGCAUAAAUAUAAAAAAGGAAAGAUGUCUCGUCCUCCCUGUUUCAAUGGAAUUACACAAACCAUUAAUGGAAUAUUGAAUCUAUUUGAAGAAGAAAAACAAAAUGGUAUUUUGUUUUUACUUACCAACCGCUUCAAUCAGGACAUUUUAGAAAAUCUCUUUAGUAUUUUCCGUCAAAAAGGGGGGUACAACAAAAAUCCUACUGCUAGGACUUUGAGAACAUCGUUUCGAAGUAAUUGUAUUUUUUCAUUGGUCACUUCAAAAGGAACUAACUGCAAAGCAAAUAUAGAAGAUUUGGAUGAAAUUCAGUUGCAAGAACAGGUUAGCUUAGUCGUUGAAUUACCUCCUCAAGAUCCACUAUCAUCAUCAUCAUCAUCAUCGUCUUCACCAACACCAUCAACAUUAUCGUCACCUACGCCAUCAUCAUUAUCAUUGUUGACAUCAACAUCUUUAAAUAAUAUAGAAAUUAAAGAAGAAGAACCGAUAACAUUAGAAGAUUGUUCAGUAUUAUACUUUGCAGGAUAUUUGGCUCAUAGAUGUAUUGCACAAUUUAACUGUACAAAUUGUAUCAAUUAUCUGUUGACAAACAAAAACAUUGACGAUAAAAACCAAUUAUUAUUAUUAAACAAAAAUUAUACUUAUUUAGAAAUUCAAAACGAUAUAGGAUUGAAAUCACCAUCAAAAGAUUUUAAUAAUAUAAUAAAUAAAGCUCUUACUAUUUUUGAAGAUAAAAUUAAAAAUAUUUUACAUAAAAAAAAAAUAAAAUCAAAAUUGAUGUCAAUUUUUUAUAAGGAUUUUGUUAUUAAUAAAUGGAUUGAUGAUGAAAAUAUAAUGUGUAAAGAACAUAAAAUAUUUAUUUUAGAAAAACUUUUGAUAUGCAAAAUUUUUAAAACAGCUAAAUUAUUUUCAACAACAUCAACCCAGACAAAAAUAGCUAAAUUAAAAAUUUUAAAUCAUAUUUAA